UAUCGACAUCUCAGGCGAGGCCGUCUCGCUCCGGCGCGGCUGAGCCAUGUCGAACAACCAACAAGGAAAUGUGAUGUACUACUACCUGGCUAUGCCAGGGGCCAUGCCAGGGCAGAUGGGGCAGUAUCCCCAGAAUGGAGACGGAUCAAUGCAAGGGCAGACUGUGCCGGCCGUUUUUGGUGAUACCUCGCAGAUGCAAGGCUUCAACAUGGGAAAUCAGCAGUAUGGCUUCGUGCCAGCUCAAGAUAUGCAGAUGGGGCAGGCUCCAACCAUGAUGGCAAACGGAGCCAUGAACAUGGGUGGUCAGCAGGUCAUGCUUGUGAUGAAUAUGCCUGGGCAGCAGUCGAACCAGAUGAUGGAGGGAGGCCAUGGCAAUGCCUGGAAUCCAUGUGGGCAGGAUUCCAACAAUUCAGGCCAAAGUGGCCAAAACUCUGGUGUCAUGAUGCAGCAACAGUUUCAGCAGCAGCAGCAGCAGCAACAGCAGCAGCAGCAGCAGCAACCGCAACAGCAGCAAACGCAACAGCAGCAGUCACAGCAGCCGGUGCAGCAACAGCCCCAGCAGCAGCAACAGCAGCAGCAGCAGCAGCAGCAGUCACAGCAGCAGCCGCAACAGCAGCAGUUUCAGAUUACCCCGUCGCAAAAGCAAGGCGAAAGUCGGGCAGACAACAAAGAGAGCGAACAGUCGCAAAGCGCUGCGCCACAGACUGCGGCAAAGCCGGCGGCAAAAAGAAAAGGGCUUCAAAAUAAGAAGCUCGACAAGAAAGAGCCGUCCGCGACUGCAGAUAGUGCUGGGUCCGCUUCACAGCAAGCUAGCACCACCACUGGUGCAACUACUGGAACUAGCGCACCUGCGCCAGCGGCAGCUGAACCUGAGCGGCCAGCUGAGAGUCAGACACAGACAGCACAGAAAUCCAGAUGGCCACCGCCUGCAGCCUCGCUGGGUGCAACGUCACAGCGUUCAUUACCUUCAGGAUCUGCAUCUUCCAUCAAGGCCUUAAACUUGGAACCCCUUUUUAGCAAUGCACCAGCUCCAGGGCGCAUCAAGCCAAUCCCACGGAAGGAGCUUCUUCCGCUGGAUGUGCCUCAGCCAGCAGCUGAUGCAGCCCCGGCCCAAACCGAAGCUCCGGCUCCAGCCCCUCAGCCCAAGCCCACCCCAGCACCCACUCCAGCCACUACCCCAGCUCCAGUGCCUACACCAACUCCAGCAACCCAGGGAACUCCGAACACAACCAAGAAGAACUUCAAGCUGAAGAAUGCAGCUCUCACAAGAACGAAGACGACAGAAACAGAGGGUCAGAACAAGGAGAACAAGGAAAACAAGGAGAACAAGGAAGAGAAUUCAGAGAAGCCGGUUGCAGAGCUUCCUCUGGUUUCCAAUAUCCCCGAAGAGAUCCCAUCGGCCAGGCAAGUGAACCAAGUGAAGCUGAUGCCAGCCGACAAAGUCUUUGACAGGGAGCUGAUGUUGCGGAUUUGGAGGCUGCAGCGCAGUGAAGUGCAUGCUUCAGUGUCGGGCCUGGGCACUGGGGAGCGUCCUGCUGAAAGAGUGCCAGAGAGGCGCCAAAAUCCCCGAUCAACACCCAACACUGAAAUCAGAAGGCCAACUCGGAGGGAUCCAGGAAAUGUCCUCAAACAGGGAGAGAAUGCUUAUAGAGUCACAGAGCCCACUAGUCGUUUGGAAGAGUUGGGCAGGAGAGUUCGUGCUUUGUUGAACAAGAUUUGCCCAGACAACUUGAAGACAAUUGUGGAAACCCUGGCCAGCAUUGAGUUGCAGAAGGCUGAAGAGCUGGAGUAUGUCAUCAAGAUCAUUUUCGGGAAAGCGCUGGUCGAGCCGCACUAUUGCGAAACGUAUGCAGACAUGGUUUUCGCUUUGCGCACACGCUACCCGGAAUUCCCUGCAGAAAAUGAGGGAGAAAAGCCGCACAGUUUCACCCGAGUUUUGCUCAACACAGUCCAGAAUGAGUUCGAAAGUUUGCCAACAACUUUCGAGCCCACAGACGAUGACAAAGCAAAGUUCCCCAACCCAGAAGACUUGCAGAUCGAAAUGAAGAAGAGGAAGGGCAAGAUGCUUGCGAACAUGAAGUUCAUUGGCAAUCUCUUUUUGCGACAGUUGCUUGCUGUCAAGGUCAUCGGACAGGUGGUUCACGACCUGGUCGGCAUCAAGGAAGGAAAUGCUCUUCCAGAGGAGCACAUGAUCGAAUGCGUUUGUGAGUUACUGCAAGCGAUUGGGUUCACGCUGGAUGAAACUACGCAGGGAGAGUCUUUGAUGAACUCUUUUGCUUCGAGACUCAAAGAUAUUUCAUCCAUUCGAGUUGGGGGCAAGGCCGCUUUCGGCAAGAGAAUCCAAUUCUCGAUCGAAUACUUGCUCGACCUUCGCAAGAAUAAGUGGCAGAAGAAGCUCUUCAAGGAGCAGGCGAAGACGAAGGCGGCUGUUCGCGAUGAGUUUGAUCGAGAGGCUCGACAACACGGUCGUGGAAAUGCGCCGGAUAGCAUGUUCUCCGUCCAGACGGUUGGAGUGAGACCUGCAUACAUUGAUGACAUCGCAAAUCAGAAGAAGCGCACGAAGACGGAUACAGGCCCACAGAAGGUGAAAUUUGAUCAAGCUUAUGUGAAGAAGAUUUGCCAAUACUUCGGAGAAGAGAAAGACGGGGAAUCUCUCCAGACGGACUGGGCAAAAGCUCAGCCAAGCGACAAGGAAACAAAGCAAGGAGUCGAGUGGCUCUUGGAGACGGGUUUUGACGACGACAAGAAGGCUGACAUUGUCGCGGUAACCCUUGCCGAACUCAUGAAAAGGCGCCUGGUCCCAUGGGACACUUUGAAGGAAUGCUUCUCAGCAUCGCUUUCGGGUUUGCCAGAAUUGAAGAUGGAUGCUCCCCAUUGUGAUGUCAUGGUCCAUUGUUUGGUUGCACGCCUGCUAAUGUUGGAGAAUUUCAACCAGGUUGUACUGAAGCCCAUCCAGACUUUUGUCUCCCACAAUGAGAACAGGGACCUUGGUUGGAGUUUACUGCUUGGCAUUAUCAAGAAGUUGAAGACUGAGAAGGCUAACGACAUCGUUAAAAAGGCGCUUAGCAUUAGUGAGUUUGCGUCCUGUGCUGCAACAGCCAGGAAUACAACUGUCUCAGAUGCCAAGAAGCUGCUAGAAUCAGCGUAGUUGGACUCCGCCUGGCUGGAACCAGCAGAGCUGGAAUCAGCGCAGGAGCCGCCGUGUUUUGUUGGGCUUUUCAUUUUCCCGCACAGGUAGAAACGAAGCUGUGGCUGACUCUGCCCUUGGAGAAGCGUG